UCAACAAUUUGCACAGAAAAUUAAUGAUUAAAUGAUCAUAAUCAGUGAAAGAAAAAUCUGAUUAAAGUUAAUUGUUUCCAUUGGUCCAAGAGAAACUCAAACAAAGAGGAAACUAUUAUCAUCAAUCAAUGACCAACAAAUUGCUCUUAAUGUCAAUCAAUGUUACUGCUGCUUCCAUUGGUUUGGUUUCUAGUAAUUUAAUCAAUUCUAAUGUGACUGGUGAUACUUCCCAUUCAAACCACGUACAAUUAUCUUCCUCUCAUCAUCACCACUCAUCACCAUCUUCUCUGGACAAUAAUCACUUAGCUGAGAUGACCAGUGACCCAAUGAAUUCAAAUGGAAACAAUAACAACAACAAUAACCAUCAUGUUGGUAUGGAUUCAAUGAUGAGAAAUUAUUUCCAUUCAGCUUUUGGUGAUACAAUAUUGAUUAAAGGUUGGAACUUACAAUCAAGUAGUGAUGUGAUUGUCGCUUGUUUAAUUUUCUUCCUAUUGGCUGUUGUUUAUGAAGCAUUGAAAAGCUUUAGGGAAUUACUUUUCCGUCGGGAAGCUCGAACGGGUGUUUUUCGUUUGUCGCUUUAUAAUCCGACCAAUGGAUGUCCCGAUGAUUUGGUUGCGACCUCAGGCUCUCAUCUAACAACAUCUCUCAACAAUCCAGAGGAAAACAAUGAAACAGCCAUAAUCAAAUGCUCCAUGUGGUCCAAGGCUCAUUUAUUUCAAUCGGUUCUCCAUUCAAUCCAAGUGAUCAUCAGUUACACUCUUAUGCUUGGCUUUAUGACUUUCAACUCGUUCAUUUGCCUUUCAAUUGUUCUCGGUGCUGGUCUUGGUUAUUUCCUCUUCUGUUGGCGUAAAUCAACCUUCAUCAACGUAACUGACCACUGCAAUUAAGGAACAAUUAACCUCUACUAUCUGUCACCCGUUUCCCAAAUAGUUCAACGAGAUGGACCUGGUGGACUAAGAUAAUUGUGGAUCUUGAAUGUCUUUAGUUUCUAAUUGUUUUUAUCUACAGUCAAGCAUUUAAAUUGUUUUUCUAUUUCUAUUGAUCAACUUGUUCAACUUGUUCUUACCAAUCUCUCUCAUUUAGCCAUCAAAUUAAUUGUGAUUAUCUGUGAUCAACAUUAGAUGUAAAUAUCAUUUAUUAUUAUCAAUCUUCUCAAUUAUUAUUGAUUCAAUUGGAAUGAUAGACAAAAUUUAACAACCAUCAGCCUUAUCAAUCGUUUAUUAAAGCAUAUCAAUUGUGUAUUUUAAUUAGUGGCCACUAAUUGUUGACAAAAUUUUCAAUUCUUUUUUUCUAUUCUCACCAAAUUGCAAACUAAUCUCAUGUAAUUUAAUUGACAUUUAUCCCCUUAAAUCUGAUAUACAAAAUAUUAAAUUAUUGAUAAGAUCAAAA